ACUCUCAGUGCGGUGCCAGAGUAUCGUGGUUCGUUCAGUUUUCUUUUGACUUCGAGUCCACCUCCAAAAGUCCUGUUUAGCUUAGCAAGCCAGGUAGCCAAGGCCAAGGGGCCCAAAACGUCGUGUCUUGAUACACUGUAUGUGCUUCAGUUUGGUGGGUGUGUAGUGACCGCUGAAGCGGGCAACGUUGGGAAACGCUACAUUGUAAUUGUUGCAAGGAAAGCGUCGCGGACCUGUGGACAAUUUGACGAGAGUUCAGUCUUGACUCACUAGUGGCAAACUGGCAGGUCUUCAUUGUGCAAACAGCGUUGAAGCUCUGACUGAGUGAACGGCUCGAUCCCGACCACCAGUGACUACACACGAGGGGGAAAGAUGGCGGGCCGAUUGGCAAACAUCCACUUCCUUGAGGAGGAAGAAGACGACCUAUACGCAGGCUUUGAAGAUUACGACGCUUCCAAAGACGUGGAGGCGUUGGAGAACGACGAGAGUCUACGGGAGGCAGUGAAAACUAGCUAUGGGCAACGACCACACAUGGCUGGGAGGCCUCCAGCAACUGGCCGCAAGCCUCCGGUACCGGGAACGUCCCUAGCAGGGCGCAUGAAAACAGGAGCUGGGCGACCAAUCACGGGCCUUCAAGCUGCAGAUUCCAGUGCACCACGACCUAUGACAUCAGUCCGGGGUGCUGGAUUUACAUCACACGGCAAAGAAGGCAGCAAGCUGAACGCAAGUACUGGCUAUGGUGCAACAAUGGAAAAGAAACCGGAGGACACGCCUGAGGAGCAGCUGAAAGUGUCGGAAAGGAAAGUCAAUGACCUGGUAGAAGAAAGUGCAAAGGCGCUGGCAGCAGGUAACAUGAAGGAGGCUCUGACGAAGGCGAAAGAUGCUGGACGUUUGGAGCGCAAUGUCACGAAACAGAGAGAGGCUCUGGGAGGCGGCAUUGAGAACAACAUGGACCUCACAUACUGGGUGAUUUUCAACUUAUCCACAGUAUACUAUUCCUGCAAGAUGUAUACCCAGGCCCUGAACUCCUACAUGGUCAUUGUUCGCAACAAGACAUAUUCGACAGCAGGUCGCUUGCGUUUGAACAUGGGUAACAUCUACUUUGAGCAGGGCAAUUACACGCAAGCGAUGAAGAUGUAUCGUAUGGCUCUGGACAAGUUUAGCGCUUCUCAUCAAAUGAUGAGAAUGAAGGUACUGCAAAACAUAGCAACAGUCCUGAUCAAGACAGGCCGCUACGCUGAUGCUGUAAACCACUUGGAAGUGAUCAUGACAGAAGGAGCCAGCUUCAAAAGUGCUCUGAACCUGAUCCUCUGUUACUACGCACUUGGCGACUCCGAGAAAAUGAAGCAAACAUUCCUGCAGAUGCUGCAGAUCAACAUGGGCAUCAGUGAGGAAGACCGCUACCUAAUUGACAACGAUGCCGAUCAUCACACUGUGAUGGUGCAUGAUGCAAUCAAAGAUGAUGGCCUGCGUCGCUAUGAGGAAGAGAAGAAGAGAAACACCGAGCAUUGCAUUGUCACCGCUGCAAAGGUGAUGGCACCCGCUCUCGAGUCAACGUUUGCUGCCGGUUUUGAUUGGUGUGUUGAGGCGGUACGUUCAUCAGUAUACCAGAACCUAGUCAGUGACUUGGAGGUCACGAAGGCUGUUACCUACCUCAAGAUAAAGGACCAUAGGAAAGCCAUUGAAACAUUGAAAGACUUUGAGAAGAAGGACUCCAAGCUCACGACUGCUGCUGCAACAAACCUCUCAUUCCUACUGUUUUUGGAUGGUGACACGGCACAAGCGGAGAACUACGCAGACAAGGCUAUUGAAGCCGAUCAUUACAAUCCUGCAGCCUUGGUGAACAAAGGCAACUGCAGCUUCGUUCUGGAGGACUUUGCGAAGGCAAGGGACUAUUAUCUCGAUGCUAUCAGCGUUGAAGCUGCAUGUACUGAAGCUCUAUAUAACCUUGGUCUUGCAUACAAGAAACUUGGAAACUUUAAGGAGGCAUGCGUUAAUUUCGUCAAGCUCAACAGCAUCCUGGCGGGAAACUCACAGGUCCUCUACCAGAUUGGAGAUCUGCAUGACAAGCAAGGAGAGAGACAAGAAGCCAUCAAAUGGUUCACGGAAUUGCAAACACUCGUGCCAACGGACCCCAUGCUGCUUACCCGUCUUGGUAGGAUGUACGAGGAGGAUAAUGACAAGUCAAUGGCUUUCCAGUGUUUUCAAGAAGCUAGCCGCUACUAUCCAUGCGACAUUGAUGUCAUCUCAUGGCUGGGCUCUUUCUACGUCGAAUCGGGUACCUAUGAGAGGGCAAUGCCAUUUUUUGCCAAUGCCGCUGCACUGCAGCCUGAUGUUGUUCGUUGGCAACUGAUGGUGGCAUCUUGCUUGCGCCGAAGUGGCAACUACCAGGAGGCUCUGGAUCACUACAAGGCUACACACCAGCGUUUCCCAGACAAUGUCGACUGUCUCAAGUACCUAGCACGUGUAACGGCUGACAUGAACCUGGAGGAAAGCCAGGACUAUGCCGAGCAGCUUCGGCGAGCGCAGAAAAUGGAAGAGAAAAAGCUUCAGCGAGCGCAGAAAGGAGAGAGAUCUGGGAAGAAGCGCGAUGAUGAGGAUGAAGAGGAUCGGCCGAGAAGACCCAGUGGCUCUACAACAGCUGUUGUGAAUGAAACCGUCAAAUCGUCACGAAGGAGAAGGCAGGAGAUGGAUGAUGACAAUGAUGAUGUUGAUCUACCGGCACCCAAGGAAACGCAACCCAACAAAGCAAUUGAUGCAUCAUACAGUGAUCCCCUUCAAGGACUGCCUGAGAGACCUAAGACAGCCGCACGUCGAGCCAACCCCGCUGAUGACGACGGCUUCGGAGAUGAUGAUCUUGACGACACGCUGCUGCCAGAAUGAUACACAAAAACCACCGUCCACCGUGCUUAUUUCACUAACGUCUUCGAAACGAAACAGACAGCCCUCCAGUGUUGAGUCUAUGCACAAUUGUAUCAUUUUAACGAGUUAGAGCAGGCAAACUUGUCCCUGUGAAAUGUCUGCCGUGCGUUGAUAUUCAUCCAGAUCCGGCACUGUCGCAGUUUGAUUGCCAGGUCAGAGCUAUUCUGUAAACAGGCUCGGAGUGCUCCUCCUCUCAUGAGGCAUUUGGCUCUGGUCAAGAUCUUUGGCCGGGUGCCUCCUACCGCAGUGUUUGGCUACUAAUUCACGUGGCUAGAAAAAUAGAACACUCAUGAUUACGUGAGCAUCAUGGCUCCAGAACAUUCUCCAAUCCAGCUGAAUAACUCUGUCUCUAGUGCAGGUACUAUGAUGUUCCAUGUCAUGAAAUGCUAUGAUACGCAUCUGCAUAAGGCAUUCUACAAAAAAAGCUGAGUCAAGUCGCCGGAUAAUUGCUCAACACCAUAACCAGUACUGUUUCCCAUUCCGCAGACAGUCUUUCUCGCCACAUCACCAGUCACCAGAUAUGCGAUCUCUUAACCAAGUUUCGUUUUGAUUGGAUCUCUUAAUUAACCAUG